AUGAGAAAUGAUCGUCAACUGCAGCUUAACAAGUGGGAACAGGGCUCGUGCUGGACGGACGUUAUACGAUGGAUACGAAAGUUCAAGCAAUGGCGUAUGGCUCGCAUAGACCUAGAGCAGGGUGAUACUGAAAUUCUAAGACUUACCGAAGAGGUUUUUAAGCUGCGGCUCUUCAAGGCAUCGCUCAGUUCCCCGGAGGAACGUUCAAACCCCAGUGACGCCGUAACGGUGCGGGGGAACACCACCAACGAUCCAAACACGCCCAGCUCUCAGGGCAUUUCACCGAUUGUGGAUCAAACGGACGAGUGUAGCAAAGCCAGUCCCCGGCAUCAUCUGCACAAUCAUGGCAUCCACCAGGUGCAGUUCAUGGACAAGAUGUCUACCUCCGAGAUGCAGAGCUCGUUUACCGAUUCGAGACAUUUCGAGGACAUUACGACUUCGUCGAUCCAUUACAAGGAUUCGUACGUACAUACGCAGGAUCGUGUUUGCAAAAGCUACAAUGACAUUGAUGCCGAGAAGCAGCGGCUUGUCGAGAUGUACGAAGCUCGCAUUGAGGAGCUAGUUAAUCAGCACCAGGCAGACGAACAGCAGAAUCGCAUGUCCAAUAAUGAUCGCGUUGAGGCUUUGCUGCAGAAAUUUUCCGAUUCGAAUAAAUGUGAUCUGGUUCCAGAAUACUGUUAA